AAACAGCCCAGCCAGUUGCGUGAUCCUUCUAUUUACCCAGAGCUACAUUGUGUCCUGAAACUCGCUGCCCUGGGAGGUGACGGCAGAAGGCGCUCAGCACAGACCAGGCAGAGAAGGGAGUCAGCAGGUGAACAGAGGGUGUGCGGGAUCCUUUGGCCUUCUGCUGCCGCCCAGGAGGAUGGAAGCCCACAACGUGUCCACCGCACUCAACUUCAGCCUGCCGCCCAACUUCGGCAAGCGCCCCUCCGACCGGGCGCUCAGCGUUAUCCUGGUACUCAUGCUUUUCAUCAUCAUGAUCUCGCUGGGCUGCACCAUGGAGAUAAGUAAGAUCAAGGCUCACUUCUGGAAGCCAAAGGGGCUGGCCAUUGCUCUGGUGGCGCAGUACGGCAUCAUGCCCCUCACUGCCUUCGCACUGGGCAAGGUCUUCCGGCUGAACAACAUCGAGGCACUGGCCAUCCUGAUCUGUGGCUGCUCACCUGGGGGCAACCUGUCCAAUGUAUUCAGUCUGGCCAUGAAGGGGGACAUGAACCUCAGCAUUGUGAUGACCACUUGCUCCACCUUCUGUGCCCUGGGCCUGAUGCCCCUCCUCUUGUACAUCUACUCCAGGGGAAUCUAUGAAGGAGACCUGAAGGACAAGGUGCCCUAUGGAGGCAUCAUGAUAUCACUGGUCCUGGUCCUCAUUCCUUGCACGAUAGGGAUCAUCCUCAAUGCCAAACGGCCACAAUAUGUGCGCUAUGUCAUCAAGGGGGGGAUGAUCACCAUGCUUUUGUUAGCAGUGGCUGUCACAGUCCUCUCUGCCAUCAAUGUGGGUAGAAGCAUCAUGUUUGUCAUGACUCCACAUUUGCUGGCCACUUCCUCCCUGAUGCCUUUUGUUGGCUUCAUGCUGGGCUACCUUCUUUCUGCCCUCUUCUGCCUCAACGGAAAGUGCAGACGCACUGUUAGCAUGGAGACUGGAUGCCAAAACGUUCAGCUCUGCUCCACCAUCCUCAAUGUGACCUUUCCUCCUGAAGCCAUUGGGCCACUCUUCUUCUUUCCUCUCCUCUACAUGAUUUUCCAGCUAGGAGAAGGGCUUCUCCUCAUUGCCAUCUUUCGGUGCUAUCAGAAAAUCAAGCCUCCCAAGGAUAAAACAAAAAUGAUCUACACAGUUGUAAGCAUUCCAGGAAAUGGAACUCAAAAAGGGGAGGAGUGUGCUCUUGCACAACCUAACCCUUCCUCCUCCAGUAGUCUGGACUCUGGUCAGAAGGCAAUUCAGAAAGCCAGUGGUAUACUACAGAGAACAGCAGAAAUCCGUCUCGUCUGAGUAAUAAAUCUUUCUCUGACAUUUUAAGCAAAACCUAUCAAAAUCAAGCUUUGGCCUGGAGGAGAGGAGACAACCCUGGAAGACUCAACUUUAUCUCCAGCUCAGAACUUGAUAUAUCUUUUUUUUUUUUUUUAAAUAAAAAAGACGACUCUUCAGUGACAAACUAAGUUUUACGAAGGAAGGUAGCAAUUGUCAUUUGCCCUUAGAUCUCUAGAUCAGUGACUGAUUGAAAAAGAGGCACUUAAUUCCUGAACCAAUCAAUAAAUAGUUUUUACACUAAAAUCAAAUACCUAGAUCCUGUCCCAAGUUGUGACUCAUACAGUAAAUACUCAAGUGCUGCAGUAUUAGACAACUUCAGGAGUCCUUUCUAAUUUAAAUUUGCAACCCAUUCCUUCCCCUUGGGCAUCACUAUUGAGACUGAAAAUCCUGAGGGCACUGCAAAAUGAGACAGCUGGAAAAAGCAGACAAACAGAAGGCAAAACACAAGAUAACCAAUUCCUGCUACUCCCAGUGAUAAUGAAACAAAAGGGAAUUUGGGGAGAACGCAACCCCAGAGGUAGAGGAGAAGAAACUCUGUAAGAAAAUGCCAAGAAACAACUUAAUUUUAAAUGUUUGUGAACCACCAACACUUGUUUCACUAAUCUAGUGACCUGAUCUACUUCAUCAGUUCAUGAGAUCAAUGCUUUUCACGGUAAGCUCCCUCAAAUACAGGAUACUGCCAAAAUGUCUUAGUAAGGGAAAUCUAAAACUUCCUGCAAAAUUUAAAAUUUAACACAUAUACUGCUCAUACACAAACAAGCAUAAAUAAGAGUAAUGAACAAAUAUUAACACAUGCUAACAACUGACCAUGCCUAACUUCAUCAUUUAGUAGGAUCAGGUACAAAUGAUACCAAGACAAAUUUUAUGGCAUCAGCCUCACAAAUGUUCAGGACUACCAAAGUACUCCAAACAUUUCUAAAAGUAGUUUAAGAACUACUCAUUUUGGUCAAUACUUUUUUAAAAACAGAUUGCAAAAAUGUCUAACAUCUUUAAUUUGCAUAUUAAACCUUUAUGUACUUAUCUGUUCAAAUUCUAAUACCUGGCUAUAUUAUCUAAACAGGCUUGGUUAAGCAAAACAAAUUUAAGAAGUUUAGUUUCCUAGAAAGGUUGGGCUGGACUUAAGAUAUAUUACCCUCAACUGAUCCUUAGAACUGGAUUUAAAGUAUGAAUAAAAAUAACCUAUUUAGGGAUAAAGAGAUAGGGAUAACAGAAAACAAGUCAACUGGCAAAAUGACAAACCCAAAACUAAAGUGUGUACCACUUUAUUUAUUUAAAGAGCCCUAUAUUUAAAGAGCCCAAAGCAAAAAAAAAAAAAAAAAAAAAAAAAAAGCCACCUCCUACUUUGUCAGCAACUUCCAACACAAGGCAAUGCUUUAGCUGGCCUGGGCAGCCUUCAAGUUAACACCACAAAGGAAAACCUUAGGGUCAACCACUAAAAUAUUUAAAUAAACCUAGCUCCUGCCACCUAUGUAAAUAGGGGGACCACAUAAACCCCUCCUAAGAUCAGCCUCAUCUUCUAAAAUAUCAGCGUUACAAUUUUUACAACCUUGGAUAUGCAGAAACGUCCUCUACUCAAACAUACCAAAAACCUUUCAUAUCUAUCUCCGAACGGAAACUACCAACCCAUCCUCCGUUUUAGAGAAGCUAAAAGCAAAAUUUUUCUAGUGCUUCUAAUUUUGCCUUCCUCAAAGUCCAUGUAAUGCUAAAGCAGAACAGAAUACCCUAAAGAUAAGACAGAGUAAAACAGUUUUUGGGUUCUGGAACCAGUUGUAAUACCAAUUUCCCAUUUACUUCCUCUCACCUUUGGAAAGGCCCUGAACCUCCUAUUCUAACAUUAUACAGUAUAUGGUACUAUAUAGUAUUAGCAGAUUUUAUUAAAUAGUUUUGAAGAUUCAGUGUACAGGUGAGGUACUUAAAACGUACCAGGCUAAUGUAAUCAGACAUUAAGCAAGUAUUAAUCACUACUGCCGAUAUUUAUCCAGUCUUGGGCCCAAACAGAGAACUAAGAAAAUUUAUAAUCAACCUCCAACAAGAUUCCUAAAAGCAAUAAUGCAUUCUUAUGUUAAGUAUAGGUUAAGAUUUAAGGGCUCAGGUAUCAAUUCUAAGAAAGCAUAGGGACAUGGAGAGACACACGCAAUAAACUGUUAUAAACAACUCAAUUACUAUUUUCAACAGUUCUUUGCCCAUCUUCAACUAACUAUGUAAUACUACUUUUACAAGAAAAAAAUACCCUUUAACUCCACGGUUCCAGAUGAUGUGUUGAAUGCAGAUGACAAGAUGUAAAUAGCAUAUCACAUUAUUCAGACAAAAAGCAGUUUUAUAAUAUUUUAUUAUCAAUAACAAACAGCUGCUUUAAUGUGUCUGUCUUUGUUGUGCAGCUCUGCUGUUAAAGGGUAGGUGGGAGAACAUCCUAACCUCAACAAGGAAAACGCAGAUUAAGCCUUUAUGUACAAGCAAAUUUAGAGCUCUUUUAAGUGUCCAAAGCCAUUAAUUAGUUUAAUUGAGGGAUUAAACCAAUUCUGAAUUAACAUAUUUGAAUAACCAGGAACUAAAAUGUUCAAGUUUUUUUCUAGUACAAAAAAAUUAAAUUUGCUUUAGUUAUAAAAGAGCUCUAUCAAUAUACACAAACUAUACACCUCAGACAUUCACAAAAAUGUGAGCAGAAGGCUUAUCAAAAGACAUUUAAUACAAUUAGUUUUCGACAACCCUUUGAUGGUCCACAUCUACAAAGAUAUCCAGUCCAACCCAACCCCCCUCCAAAUCCCACCCCCACAAAAAGCACAUACUUACCAGAAUUUUUAGCAAGUAUGGUUUGGGAAUUUGUUUUUGUUUUUUAAAAAAAAAAGGUCCCCAGGGCAAGUUAUUUACAGUUUAAUUGCCACUGUCAACUGAUCUGGACCUGGACCUGGACCGGGACCGCUGGCGAUCAGAUGCUGGAGACUUAGAUCUACUUGAAGAACCACGUUUCUGGCUCUUCUCAGGCACAGGAGACCUACUAACAGAACGGGACUUGCUCCGGCUCCGGCUCCGGCUUCUGCUCCUUGACCGGCUGUAAGACUUGCGACUACGAGAACGAGAUCGGCUCCGAGACCUAGAGGAACUCCUGGUCCGCGACCGGGACCUGCUUCUUGACCUACUGGGGGGGGGGAUAAAAAACCUCAAUAUAAAUGUGACAGGCCCCACAAAUUCACUAAAAACUUUGACUUAAAAACAUUA